GCGGCGGCGGCGGGGCGGCGGCGAGGGUCUGCGCGCCGCGGGCGGGGCCGCGGGCGCGGAGGUGGAAGAAGAAAGGUGCCACUUUGGCAUGAAGACAGACUCGCUUAGCCGUCAGUCAUUUAAGCUGAGUGCAUUGUGAUUUCCAAUAAUUGAGGCAGUGGUUCUAAAAGCUGUCUACAUUAAUGAAAAGAGCAAUGUGGCCAGCUUGACUAAGCCGCAGCGUGUGCAGCGCGGCCCGGACGGAGCCGGGUCCCCACGGACUUGUGCAUGUUAGCGCUGUAGAUUGGUGUCAGGUGUCGUAAGCCUCUGGUCUUUUAACGUAGUCUUAACCGCUUUUAAUAUGGAGACCACUGAGCGCCCCUCUCCUCUCCCGCGUGAGCCCGCAGGAGACGCAGUGAUGGAGGACCCCGCCCGGCCCUUCCAGGCGCUGGCCCGUGAACAGUCUCCACCACCUCCCCUGCAAACGUCCAGUGAUGCAGAGGUAAUGGACGUUGGCUCUGGUGGUGAUGGACAGUCCGAACCCCCUGCCGAGGACCCGUUCAGCUUCUGCGGAGCGUCUCUUCUCGCCAAAGGACCCUUCUCUCAGGGCCGCCUCCUCAUAGACCCGAACUGCGGCGGCCCCAGCCCACGCACCGCCCGGCAUGCACCGGCGCUCCGGAAGUUCUCCCCUGACCUUAAGUUGCUUAAGGAUGUAAAGAUUAGUGUGAGUUUUACCGAGAGCUGCAGGAGUCAGGACAGGAAGGUGCUGUACACGGGAGCGGAGCGCGACGCGCGGGCCGAGUGCGCGUUUGUCCCUAGUCCUCUCGGAGACGUGCAUGCUUGUCCCUGUGGCGGGAGUGUCGGUAACGGGGUAGGCCUAGGGGGUGAGAGUGCGGAUAAGAAGGAUGAGGAGAAUGAGCUGGAUCAGGAAAAGAGAGUGGAGUACGCAGUGCUCGAUGAGUUAGAAGACUUUACUGACAAUUUGGAGCUAGAUGAAGAAGGCGCAGGCGGGUUCUCGGCUAAAGCGAUCAUUCAGAGAGACAGAGUGGAUGAAGAGGCCUUGAAUUUCUCCUACGAGGAUGAUUUUGACAAUGACGUGGAUGCUCUGCUGGAAGAGGGCCUCUGUGCCCCCAAAAAGAGGCGGAUGGAGGAAAAAUACGGAGGAGACAGUGACCAUGCAUCCGAUGGAGAAACCAGUGUGCAGCCCAUGAUGACCAAGAUUAAAACAGUGCUCAAGAGUCGUGGCCGUCCGCCUACGGAGCCCCUGCCCGACGGGUGGAUCAUGACCUUCCACAAUUCCGGGGUCCCCGUGUACCUGCACAGAGAGUCCCGGGUGGUCACCUGGUCCAGGCCGUACUUCCUGGGGACGGGCAGCAUACGGAAGCACGACCCUCCUCUGAGCAGCAUUCCCUGUCUGCAUUACAAGAAGAUGAAGGACAACGAGGAGAGGGAGCAGAGCAGUGGCCUUGUCCCCAGUGGGGAGGGGUCCCCCGUCAAGCCCCUGAGCCGGUCGGCAGAGCUGGACUUCCCCCUGGAAGAGCCGGACCCCACAGGCGCCGAUGCGGGUCCCCCGGACGAGAAGGACCCUCUGGGGGCCGAGGCUGCACCCGGGGCCCUUGGGCAGGUGAAGGCCAAGGUCGAAGUCUGCAAGGAUGAGUCAGUGGAUCUCGAGGAGUUUCGGAAUUACCUGGAGAAGCGUUUUGACUUUGAGCAAGUCACUGUGAAGAAGUUCCGGACCUGGGCCGAGCGGCGGCAGUUCAACCGGGAAAUGAAGCGGAAGCAGGCGGAGUCGGAGCGGCCCAUCCUGCCGGCCAAUCAGAAGCUCAUCACCCUGUCGGUGCAGGACGCACCCACCAAGAAAGAGUUUGUCAUCAACCCGAACGGGAAGUCCGAGGUCUGCAUCCUGCACGAGUACAUGCAGCGCGUCCUCAAGGUCCGCCCUGUCUACAACUUCUUUGAAUGUGAGAACCCCAGUGAGCCUUUUGGCGCCUCAGUGACCAUCGAUGGUGUGACUUACGGAUCUGGAACCGCAAGCAGCAAAAAAUUAGCGAAGAAUAAAGCGGCCCGCGCUACGCUGGAGAUCCUCAUCCCCGACUUUGUCAAGCAGACCUCUGAGGAGAAGCCCAAGGACAGCGAGGAGCUUGAGUAUUUUAACCACAUCAGCAUCGAGGACUCACGGGUCUACGAGCUGACCAGCAAGGCUGGGCUGCUGUCCCCCUACCAGAUCCUGCACGAGUGCCUUAAGAGAAACCAUGGCAUGGGCGACACAUCCAUCAAGUUCGAAGUGGUUCCUGGGAAAAACCAGAAGAGCGAAUACGUCAUGGCGUGUGGCAAGCACACCGUGCGCGGGUGGUGUAAGAACAAGAGGGUGGGGAAACAGCUGGCCUCCCAGAAAAUCCUCCAGCUGCUGCACCCGCACGUCAAGAACUGGGGGUCCCUGCUGCGGAUGUACGGCCGCGAGAGCAGCAAGAUGGUCAAGCAGGAGACCUCGGACAAGAGCGUGAUCGAGCUGCAGCAGUACGCCAAGAAGAACAAGCCUAACCUGCACAUCCUGAACAAGCUGCAAGAGGAGAUGAAGAAGCUGGCCGAGGAGCGGGAGGAGACACGGAAGAAGCCCAAGAUGACGAUCGUGGCGUCUGCGCAGCCGGGCGGCGAGCCCCUGUGCACGGUGGACGUGUGAGAGGCAGGGGCCAGCACGGCCCAGGACCCUGAGUCACACGGUGGCCAUAGGGCAGCCGGGGCCGGGGGGCAGCCCUGGGCACCCAUCGCUCUCGGGUCUGAGCGGAUCCAGCCCAGAGCAGCUGCUGGGUGGAGCCGGUGCCUUGGCGCACACAGCCACCACUUGUACAUACUCGCUCCCGGCUUUCUAUGAAGGUUUCGAUCCAUUUCAGCACAUAACAGGCACUGGGGGAGAUGGCCCAGGCGGCAGGGAAGUGAGCUGACGGCCGAGGCCUGUGGGCGGUGGCUGCCCGGGGACCCCAGCUAGGAGGCACUUCCUGGGGCUCCUGCCCCCGUCCCGUCCCGGCAGGUAGAAAGGGUUCUUUCAGACCUUCUGAUUGAAAGGCACACCUUGCAUCAGAGCUAAUUUUCAGUGAGUGCAGGCAAACCGUUAGGUGUGAAGUCCCAUCCCAGCCUCUGUGGCCUGUUGCCUGUUCACCCGGCUCUGCUGCGGGCGGUGGCGUUUUUCUGGUGAUGUCUUCAUGCCCCAAGUGUCCGCCUGCAAAAGCCCCCCGCCGCGCCCACGCCAUCCUCUGGCAGUUUUUACUGAAGUUUUUUGCACAGUCUAAAUCUGUCUGUCCACCAUUGAUUUUUAAAGCUUUUAUGAUAUUUUAGCAUUUGGAAAGAAACUUGCGGUUUGGAAGUAGGUUGUAGCUUUGGAAUAAUGUAGCAGAGAUGAACAGAAUUACGGCAUUUUAGCAAGUGGACUUGUUUUCAGAAGGACCCCAGGACCUCGACCCCAGCUUCCCCGGGGGCCCAUCCGUGCCCCCACAGCCUUCGUCAGCGGCGCUUUUUGUUGGGAAGACAGUGUCUCAACUGUGCCCCCACCUCGUGCCCCUCCCUCGCCGCCUGCGUGACCGAGGCUGGCUUCCGUGUUGACCUUUUGUAAGAAAAAAGCCCCCGAUCCAGUGGCUGUAAUCAAAUGCGUGCUUCUGCCCUGCCUCCGUCUGCCGCUGUGAAUCAUCAUUUGGUCGUGAUUGUUGCUCUUAAAACAGCCCGAAGUGUCCUGGGAACCACAGCUUUGUGCACAGUCCCAGGGGCGGCUGGCUGGGCCUAGGGGUGCCCUCUGUCUGUGGCAUGGGCUGGGUUGAGCUGCCUGCUCUGCUACACUCCGGCAGGGCGUCCAUGGGGAGUGUGCGGUGCCCCCGCCGCGUGGCCCCAGCUGCCGUGUAUGUCCUGGGGGCGUCGGGGUCACCUGCGACUGUCUUAACAUAAAGCAAAGUUGUCCAAAA